AUGAGUGAGAAAUUACCACCAGGAACACUCUGUGCAGUAUGUGACGAUGUUGCAACCGGCAAACAUUACAGUGUUGCUUCAUGCAACGGAUGCAAGACGUUUUUUCGACGAGCACUUGUGAACAAUCGAGAGUUCGUCUGUCAAGGAAACAAGGACUGUCCUGUAAACAAAGGUGUUCGAUGUGCAUGUCGUUAUUGUCGUCUUCAAAAAUGUUUAGCCGUUGGAAUGGAUAAAAAUUCUAUUCAAAAUGAUCGUGAUAGGAUAGGAUACACAAAACGAAAAAGGAAGCAUGACGAUAAUGAGCCAGAAUCAAGUAAUCACCAUCAUCACACUGAACAUGUUCGUGACGGAUCUUCAGGAAGCCCCCAAAUGAAUGAUGAUAGUCCCGAAAAUUGUGAUAUGAAAGAUAUAAAAAUUGACUUGAACUGCCUGGAUCCAAUAGCAGAAAGAUUGACUACACUUGAGAACAACUUCACUCUUCUAUUGAGUAGAUGUGCUGAUCUUCAUUCGUAUGCUACACUGGAAGAUGCUCUGAAUGCUCCCAGUAGAUUCAUGCAACCAAUUGCUUGUGAAUGGUCUGAUCAUGUUGUUCUGACAUCUCGCGACGAUAAGAUGCCAUUUUGGAGACAACGACUAAUAGCUCUAUACAUCGACUGGGCGAAAACGUUUUCUACAUUUCGGUCUCUUCCUUAUACUGACAAAGUUGCCAUGGUGACAAACCACGCGUCUUCCUUCAUGAUCAUGUGUGAAGCAUUUCGCACUCCGGAGCAUGUGAAAGCGGAUGUUGUCCGCAAAAGACCAGAUCUCCCUGCCAUAGUGUCCACUAACUCUGGUUCCGGAUGUAGUCGAGUUUCAUCUGCCGCGUGUAGUAGUGCAAGCAACGGAGAAGAAAUACAUGAUGAUUUGACUAAUUUGUUACAUGCGGCAUGCAUUCAGCAAUCAAUAAAUAAGGGAAUCAGAUUUGGAGAAGCACCUGCAGAAGAGAAAGUCGCGAUGCCUAUUCCUAUUAGAGAAAUAAAACAAGAACUAUUGGACAUUCCAAUAAGCGAUGGAAUGAUUCAAUUGCCAACAGAGUAUGGAAAUCUUCCCGCUGACUACGGUACAUGGAUUCCUCAAGAUUAUGGACAUCCGACAGCUGGUCACGAAGGAAAAUCUGACAUGCACAAUUUCUUUGAAGCGAGAGAAUUUUGCGCGGGACGACCAUCUUCUUGUAAUUUGAACGAACGAGCUGUGAAAACUGUCACUUUGGUUGAACCAAGACUGUUUCCAACACUCACUACGAGCAGUGCAAGUCUCUCUGGUAUUACACCAGUACUUACAAUGAUGAUAGAUCUUGUAAUGAAACCAUUCCGUCAACUCAAUUUCUCCACAACUGAAUUUGCUCUACUCCAAGCCAUCAUGUUCUUUGAUCCGGAUACUGAAGGACUCGAUUCUGCAUCUCAAAGAAAUGUGAUCGCCGAGCAGAAGAAACUUCUAGCUGUACUUUUCCGUCAUCUUCAAAAAUCGUAUAAUUCUCAUGCUGCAAACGAGAGAUAUGCCUCAAUUAUUCUGAGAAUGCCAUCGAUUCGGAGAGCUGCCGCGAAAAAGAACGAAUCGUUGCAAGUGCUUGAUAUGCUUCAAAUGCACGAAAUGAAUUCUCUUGUGAAAGAAACAUCUCUGGGAGUACGACCUUCUACAGUUCAACAACGAAUGGGAAUUGGUGGCGGUGCUGGUGGAUGUAUGACUUUCUCAAGCGAAGCUACAGCGGAAGCCCAAUAA